GAUUUUAGUUUUGUAAAUAAAUUCAAUGUCUUACAAACAUUCAACGAGUGCAUUACAAAGCACUCAACAAUAAAAGUGUGUAAAAAAAUACGCUUCAAUACAAGAGUAGAGUUAAAGUAGAAGCCGAAGAUUAGAUGUAAAGUAGUGAACAGUCGCUGUUUAAAAUUAAAACUAAACUUAAUUAUAAUUUUAUAUAAAUGAACUGGAUUAAUAAUAAAUGAAUUCAAAAUAAAAACUGUCGGUGUUUGUGUUUCAUUAAAAACAAAGGCAAAGCCAAAAAGACACCACAUAAAUAUAAUAUAAACAUAAAUCAUAUUAUCGACGUAGAUCUGUAUCGGCCCACAAUUGGUCAUAGCUUAUAUAUAAGGUCCACUUAAAAAAUGACUUUAAAUUGAUAAAUAAAGCUAUCGAGAUAAAAUUCGGUAUAAAUAUGUUUUGUGACAACGUCUGUCGGGCCAGCUAGUUUUUUAUAGAUUCAAUAAGAAAUUUUAUGUUAUUAUAAACGAAGAGAAUGAGAGAAAUCGAUAACAAGCAAAAAUCAACAGCUCUAUAUAAAAUAAUUAAAAAAAAUAAUAAGAAACAGUGUAAAAAUAGAAAAAAGACUAUUAAAACACUUAAAAACAUUAAUAUAUUGGUGAACAUAAAGUUUUUCUAAAAUACAAAUUUAUUGAGAAAUAAUCUUAAAAAUAACCCAAAAUGACUGACUGCAGUGCGUGCAAGUCAGUAAUUAGGGGAGAGACGGGAAUAAGAUGCAAUGGUGUUUGAGAUAAAAUAUAUAAUUGUACAAAAAAAUGCUCUGGUGUAGACCAAUAUUCGAUCGGAGUUCUAGAAUCAAGUAAUUUUGUUAGAUUUAUUUGCGAGGAUUGUUUGCAAUAUAUAAGAAAUGUGGAUCUCGUGCUGUGAUAAAUACAAGAUGGGGUACGAAUAAAUAAACAAAACCUAAAGGAAUAUAAAAGGGAAUUUGAAUCAUCAUUAAAGCGCAACGAAAAUGAAAUAAAGCAAUUAUUAGUGGCAAUUGAGAAAAGAUAUGAAGAAAGACUUAAAAUUAUUGAUAACACUCAAAAAGCUUGUGAAAAAAAUGUACAAGAAAUUAAAAAAACUUUAUGGAGCAUUAAAAGACAAUGAAAACAAUAAUAAAGAAAUAUGUAAUACCAUAGAACAAACAAAUACAAAGAUGUGCAAUGAAAUAAAAAAAGUAAUAAAACAAACAAACGAAAAACAAAGCAAAAUGUCAUAUGCAGAGACAAUAAAAAAAACAGUGAUACCAGAUCAAAAUAAACAAGUGCCUCUAAUUAAACCUAAAGAAAGACAGGAUGUUGAAAAAACAAAAGAAGAAUUAAAUAAAAAGGUUGACCCAGUGAAGUGAAACAUAACAAAAAUAGAAAACAGAAAAAAUGGGAGAGUAAUAAUACAAAGCGAAAAUAAUGAAGAAAGAGAAAAAAUAAAAAAUGCAAUUCAAACUAAACUAAAUGAAAAUUAUGAUAUUAAGGUGCCCAGUCCAAGAAAUUUAAUAAUAAAAAUAACGGACAUAAGUUUUGACUAUACGGAUGAUUAAAUAAUAGAAAAAAUUAAGAAACAAAAUCCUAUAAUAAAUGGUGAAUUAAAAUUAAUACAGAAAUACAAAUAUAAAAUUAAUGAUAAAAGAUAAAAGUAAUCGUGGACAAUGAUACGUAUUAUAAACUAAUAUCGGAGCAGAAAAUAAAUAUAGGUUGGGAAAGAUGUAGAGUAUUCGAUGGAACAGAUAUAAUACAAUGCAUGAAAUGUAGAGGAUAUAAUCAUAAAGCCAGAGAAUGUAAAAUUCAAGAAUAUUGCUUAAAAUGCCAUGGUUGCCAUAAAACAAAAGAAUGUGACAACGAACAAAUAAAUAAAUAUAUUAAUUGUAUUAGAGUGAAUAACAGAUUAAAUAUGGGGUUAGAUGACAAUCAUCAAACGAAUAAUAAAGAGUGUCCGGUAUACCAAAAUUAAUUUAUUUUAAAAAAGAAUGGAGAAUAAAUAAAAUGAUGGAAAAAAACGAAGACUCUAAAUAUUGGAUACUCUUAUGCAAAGCUGAACUCCACAAUACAAAUAUUGUUAUUGGUGCGGUAUAUGGAUCACCUAGUUGUAGCGAGGCGGAAUUUUGUAUAAUUUUCAACGAUAUACUCGAUAUUAACUGUGAUAUUAUAAUUAGUGGAGAUUUUAAUAUUGACUGGUCACAGAACAAUUUUUACAAAAACAAGAUAGAGAACAUAAUAAAUGAUAAUGGUCUGAAUCAAAUAGUAAAUAAAUAUACUCGUGUAACAAAUAGAUCCAAUACUUUGAUAGACUAUGUCCUAACAAAUAGUGAUAAUGUGUCUAUAGAAAACAGUGCUAAUAAUAAUAUAGCGGACCACGAAACAUUAAUUGUUAAUAUAAAAACCAAAUAUGACAAAGAAACACAUAACGAAACCAAAGAAAUAUUUAAUUAUAAGAAAAACUUAUUUUAUAGUUAUUUAAGUGAAAUAAUAGCUACAAAUCUGUGUGAUGACAUAAAUGAAACAGCAUCGAAUUUAGAUAAAUGUUUUGAGGAAACAGUGAACAAAUUCACGUAUAGAAAAACAAUAACACAACGAAGUAACAUUAAUAAUUGGUUUAAUUCAGAACUAAAAAGAUUAAAAAUAGGUAAAAUAAGAAAACAUGAAUUAGCCAAAUUUCAAAAUACGAAUGAAGCGUGGUCAAUCUAUAUAUCGAGUAGAAACUUAUACAAAACGAAAGUACAAAGUGAAAAGAAGAAAUACAUCAAUAACAAAAUAACUAAUGCGAAAGAUCAAAAACAAAUGUCUAACCAAUUAAAAAACUUAGUGCUUAGAAAAAACCAAACUGUGAUAAAAUCUGUGAUAUUUAAUCAAAUAGAAUAUAAGGAAAAUAAACAAAUAGCUGACGAAUUUAACAAAUACUUUAUAAAUAGUAUAAGAGAGAUAAGAGAUUCCAUUGAAAUUGUGCAAUAUUCAAAUAGUAUACAACCAGUAAUAACUAAUUUUAAAUUCCGUGCAAUAAAUAAUAUAGAACUAAAACAUAUAAUAAGUAAAAUUAAUAAAAAAACAAGAUUUUAACAAAAUAUCAAAUAAAAUCAUUCUAGACAAUUGGAGCUUAGUGGGUGACAUUUUAGUCAAUAUAAUUAAUAAAUCGCUGGAAAAUGGAGAAUUUCCAACAAAUUGGAAAGAAGCCAUAAUAACACAACCAUAACAAUAGAAAAAUUAAAAAACACGAAGAACUGUGAAGAAUUUAGACCGAUAAACUCAUUAAAAGCAUGUGAAAAAAUUCUUGAAAAAGUAGUAAAAGAACAACUCGAAAUAUAUCUAGAGGAAAAUUCAAUUUUAUCUAAAUAUCAAUCGGGAUUUCGAAAUAAAUAUUCGUGUGAAACUACAGUGGACUGCGUAGUAAACAGAUGGAACAAUAAAAAGAAAAAUAAUAAAAUAAUGGCAAUAUUUCUGGACUUUAAGAGAGCAUUCGAAACAAUAGACCGCAAAAUAUUAUUAAAAAUGAUGUACAUGUACGGAAUUCAAAGUAAUGAACUAAAAUGGUUUAAUUCGUAUUUAACUAAUAGAAUUCAAUACACUAAAAUUAACAAUAUAAAAUCUAAUUCAAUGACAAAUGAUUACGGUGUUCCACAGGGAUCAAUCCUGAGUGCACUGUUAUUCAUUAUAUAUAUAAAUGAUAUGCCAAAUGUUUUGAAAAAAAGUGAAAUUAUUUUAUAUGCGGACGAUACAUUAAUAUUUGCUGAGGACGAGAAUGAUAACACAUGUAAAUAUAAUUUAGAGCACGAUAUGAAAAAUAUCAAUAACUGGUUGAAAAUUAAUAAACUAAAAUUAAAUGAAAAUAAAACUAAAAUAAUGGAAAUUAACAUUACAAACAGUGCAAUAUUUACAAUAAACAAUAACAUAAUAGAAAAAGUAAAUCAAAAGUAAAUCAAAUCAAACUAAGCUUUAAAGAUCACAUAGAUUAUAUAUGCAAAAAAUUGCCAAAAAAAAAUCGGUGAUUGAUUUUUGUUUUCUAACUACUUUAAUUUCCUGCUAUUUCCUUAACUUAAUUUUGUUUGUUAGAUCCAAAUUCAAUCUAAAAGAUAAAAUUAAACUCUUUUUAGGAAAAAAACUGAACUUGAGAAUCGACAACUGAGUCUCAUGCUGAUAAUUUGAAACCCCUGAAAUAAUUGUGCCAUGUUGGGAUAUCUUGGUCCCCCUCGAAAUAAUUUAUUUUGUUGUAAAAUUGUAUUAAUUCAAUAUAUCCGGUUUAAACUUUAUUCAAGUUAAAGUUAUCAUUAAAUUCACAUCUAACGGAUUUAGGUUUUUUAGAUUAUAGUUUAUGUCAUUUUGUUCGAUAGGUAAGAUAUGCAGAAUAGGAACUCCUUAACGACUCUAAACGGCUCCAAUUUUUUUUAUUUUUUUCCAUUGAUAGUACUUUUAAUACGGAAUCUAACGAUACUAAUUUUUUGGUUUGCUCGGAAAUGGCUUGCUCGAUUGUAAAAAAAUAACAUGAUAUGAAAGGUCGUGGAAGGGCCUUUCAGAUGAUGUGCAAUAUUAUAUGAAUUAUUAUAUGAAUUAUUAUAUGAAUUAUUGAGUGCCAAAAGCUAAAAAAGGGUUUUGAAACAUGACAUUUUUUGUAAAAGUGCUCAUAACUCGAAAAGUGGCCGAUAUAAGCACAUAUACAUUGCCCAAGUAUUAUAUAGAAAACAUAAUGCGGAAGAUAUUCUACAUUAUAUUAUAAAUCAUUAAAUGUCUGUAACUCCUAAACCAAAUGAGAGCAAGAAAAAAUGUUUACAUUAAACAAUUUUAAAUUAUGUUUGCUACACCUGGUUAAAAUAUUAUGAAAAUCUCAGCUGUUUAGAGACGGUAAGUUAUGCCUCCAAAACAUUGAAAACUCGUUUUUUAGAAAAAAAUUCGUGUGACAAUAUCGUGAAGUUUUUCAUGUAACAUGACUUUUAAUAGCCACGAGUUGAUGGCAUAUAUGUGAAAAGCGCUUAUAUCAAAAAUGGACUAUAAAGUAAUCUUUUUAUAUGAAACUGAAAGACAGAGACAUUUAAAUCUAAUGAAUUUGACAAUAUAACUAAUGUGACUUUAACAGUGAUGACUAUAAACGAAAACUACUGUGUAUCAACAAUGACAUCAAUUAAUGUUUAUAAUACAAUAGUAAAACCUCAUUUCGAAUACGGUUCCACAAUCAUAUAUAUAUGCUGUAAAACAACACAAUUAGAAAGAUUACAAAAAUUACAAAACAAGGCUAUGAGAAUAAUACUUAAAUGUAACAGAUAUACAUCAAUACAACUAAUGCUAAAUAUACUAAACUGGAUGAAUAUCAAGCAAAGACUAGAGUUGAAUACAAUACUAUUUAUACAAAAAAUGAAGAGCGGAAAAGCACCAGGAUAUCUAUGCGAACAAUUAAAUUAUGUAGGUGAUAUACAACCAUAUAGACUGAGAAAUGCAAAUGACUUCAGACUACGGUCAGCACAUAACACAACUGCGCAGCUAUCGUUAUUCUAUAAAGCACUUAAACUAUAUAACUCCAUGCCAACGUAUAUAAAAAAAUGAAGAAAUGAAUAUGUAUUUAGAAAAG